AUGGUGGGGGAAGAGGUGGCAGUAGGAGUAUGGAAAUGGGGAUAUGCCCAAUGAUCCACUGGUUAAUGUCAUCCCUCCAAAAGCAGAGGUGGAUCCCCUCCAUCCCAGCCCCUGCACAUGGGGAUGCUGUGUCUCUGCCCCGGGCCAGCCCAGCCUCCUGUCUCCGCAGCUUUCCGCCUUCCAAAAUGCAGGAUCUGCCUCUUUUGGUCCCCACAAAAGUCCCCUCUGGGGCUGCGUGGGCAGGAGGGGACAGCCCGUGUGAUUCCCAAACCCCGGGGGCCCUGUGCCUGCGAUCCCGGUUUGUUGAGGUUGGUGUGACCAGCUCAGCCUCAUCCUCAUGGCAACACGGAAACCGAACACAUGUCCGAGCUCAAAUCUGCUGGAUUUCCCCCCACUGCCAAUCAUGUCCCAGCGCCCUGAGGUUCGCGUGGCUCCGUGAGCCGCUAAACCGGUGCCGUGUCCAAAAUAAUCCCGCGGUGUUGCGCAUCUGCUGGCUGGCACUGUCGGCAGGGACAUCCUCUCCCGGGGGUGACCGGCUCCGGACGCGCCUUUUGGCUGCGCCUGCAGGGAUCGGCCAUGAUCCAGCCCGCCACCAAACCCUCCUGCUCUGCUUCCCACCGCCUGCAGCCGGAGGAUGCUCUCCCGCCUGGCUGCCUCGCCGCUCCGUCCCUUGGCACUCCGCGGCAGUGCUUCGUGCUUUAUUUGUUAUUUUUCCCCCGUGCGGCAGCAGAAAUCAGGGCAGGCGGGGAGGAGGAGGAGGAGGAGGAGGCAGCAGGGAGCUAUUUCAGGGAGCUGCUGUUAUCUGCUCCACGUUAAUCUCCAGCUGGUGGGGGGAAGGUUUCCCCUGAGUGCUUUCCUGGGAGGGUAUAUAUUAAACAUUGAAAAGCAAAGCGAGGAAGAAGAGGAUUAGCAGGAGAGAGAGAGGAAGCUGGCUGCUGGCUUUGCUCGGGUUAUCCAUCUGCUCCACUUUUAUGGAUGCAGCAGUAGGUCUGUGUGCCGAGCUGCUUUUCCAUCACCCUGGAACUCCCCUUGCUCCUCUUCCUCUGGGCUGUGCCAUAGCUGAGCUGUUGGGAUAAUGGAGCUCCAGGCUGUGGUAUCCACGCUGGAAAAUGGGGAGCAGGACACGGUUCUCAAGGUGCUCCAGGUCUACAACCAAGAGAAAUCUCAGUGCUUCAUCUUCGAGGAUGAGGAGCGGGAAGAAAGGAAGAAAAUGGCCCAGCUGCUGAUCAAGUUCUUGGAGAGGGAGCUGCAGCCAUCCUGCCAGGUCACCUGCCUGGAGAGCAUCCGCAUCCUGUCCCGGGACAAGCACUGCCUCGACCCUUUCACCACCAAGGAAAGCCUGAAGACACUCUCCAGGCAUGCUGGCAUCGAUUGCUCUGAGGAGCUGAUCCGGGAGGUCCCAGACUUGGAUGUAAUCCUGGAAUCCCUGAAAUGCCUGUGCAACAUUGUGUUCAGCAGCGCCAUGGCGCAGGAGCUGACGGCGGAGGGGCGGCUGGUGGUGGGGCUGGCCCGGCGCAUCAAGCUCUACAACGAGCGGAGUCUUCCUCACGACAUCAAGUUCUUCGACCUGCGCCUGCUGUUCCUGCUGACGGCCCUCAGGGUGGACAUCCGGCAGCAGCUCGCCCAGGAGCUCCGGGGAAUCAGCCUCAUGACAGACACCCUGGAGCUGACCCUCGGGGUCAAGUGGUUGGACCCCUACGAAGUUGCCACAGAGGAGGGACUUCUCCCACCUUUGCCUCGGCAGGAGACGGAGCGAGCCAUGGAGAUCCUCAAAGUGCUCUUCAACAUCACCUUUGAUUCCAGCAAGAGGGAGGUGGACGAGGAAGAUGCUGCUUUGUACAGGCACUUGGGUGCCCUCCUGCGCCACUGCCUCAUGAUCUCAGCCGACGGCGAGGACCGCACCGAGGAGUUCCACAGCCACACAGUCAACCUGCUGGGCAACCUGCCCCUGAAGUGUCUGGAUGUGCUUCUGACUCCUAAAGUGCGUCCAGGCUCGCUGGAGUACAUGGGUGUCAACAUGGAUGCGGUCAGCAUCCUCCUGGACUUCCUGGAGCGGCGCCUGGACAGGGGCCACAAGCUGAAGGAGAGCUUGACCCCUGUGCUGAACCUGCUGACGGAGAGUGCCCGAGUCCACCGGCAGACCAGGAAGUUCCUGAAGGCCAGGGUGCUGCCGCCUCUGCGGGACGUGCGGAACCGGCCAGAGGUGGGGAAUUCCCUGCGGAACAAGCUGGUGAGGCUCAUGACGCACAUCGACACCGAUGUCAAGCACUGCGCCGCCGAGUUCCUCUUCGUGCUCUGCAAGGAGAGCGUGUCCCGGUUUGUGAAGUACACGGGCUACGGGAAUGCCGCGGGGCUGCUGGCGGCACGGGGCCUCAUGGCCGGCGGCCGGGAAGAGGGGGAGUACUCGGAGGAUGAAGACACAGACACGGAGGAGUACAAAGAGGCAAAGCCCAACAUCAACCCUGUGACGGGACGCGUGGAGGAGAAGCUGCCCAACCCCAUGGAAGGGAUGACGGAGGAGCAGAAGGAGCAUGAAGCCAUGAAAUUGGUCAACAUGUUUGACAAGUUGUCCAGGGAGAAGGUGAUCCAGCCCAUGGGCAUCACUCCAAGUGGCAACCUGGCACCCAUGGAGAACGCCAUUCGCAACAUCGCCGACGAGUGCUCAUCCUCUGACUCGGACCUGGGGCUGGACUGACCCAGCUCCCGCCCCAGCCACGGAGAGCCGGGCUCCAGCCGCUCUCCCUCGGAACUGGUGCUGCACCCAGGGGCUGGCACUGCGCCAGGAACUCUCUCUGUGGGAUCUGGAUCCAGCCUGGACCCCUCACAGCCCACCACAUGGAACACCUGCCUCCUUCCCAGCUCCAUAGCCACCUCUCCUUCCAGAGGUCUCCGUGACCUGGCUCCACCUCGGUCUCUCCUGUCAGCAGCCUUGAGGAUUUCACACUCCAAAUUGCUUCCAGGACUCUCCAGUAGGAUUUUUGGUUUUUAAAUAUGUGCUGUUUGGGAAGAAGGGUCAGGGGGAGGCUCUUCCUGCCACUGUGUUAGGGUUCAGUGAUCCUUGGGGGCUCCCAUGUGCACGUGGCUGUGCGUGUGCCCGGUCCCAGCGCGGGGGCUACUCCCCAGGAAUGCUGUGGGAAGGGGGGCUGCCAGAGAGGGGUGUGGGUCUCCAGUGGGAGUGGGAUCCGCAGGGCAUGGUGCAUGCGGCUGUAUCCAUGUCCAUGCACACCCAGAAUGUGUGGAUGAACAGAGCAGAGCCGGGGAGGCCUUGGAAGCUUCCAGCAUUCCAUUGGCCGCAGGAGAGAGUGCGCGGGCAGCUGCCGGGAACGCUCCGAUGUCCCUUCCCUGGCACCACCCAGCUGGGUUUGGGCACUCACCUCUCCCCACCUCCCACUUUCCAGACAAAAGGCCAAUACCUGUGCUUUGUCCUUGGCUCAUCCUUGCUGUCCCCAGGUCGCUGUGUCCCCCAGGGGCUGCUGUUGAGCCUGGUGUAGAAUUGUCUUUAUUUUUAUUCCUGUUUUCUUUGGAAAGUAAAUCUUCUCAUCUGUCUCAUGUAUCUGAGUUCCCAAACCUCCCGUCAUGAGUAGGAAUGCACAAGUGACGCUAGAAUAAAGCCAACCUGACACGUG